AUGGCUCUGUCAACAACCUUAACUCUCUCCCAAGUGUCUCUGUCUCUUGUUUUGUUUUUCUUCACAUCACUUCCUCCUUCCUAUGCAACUUCUAGCUUCGUCCAUGCCAACUCACAACAAUCACGAGCAGAAAAGCUGAUUAGAAGCUUCAACCUGUCCCCAAAGGACCCAGUAAACAUUGUCAAAGGUGACAAUGGAGGUUUUGUUUCAGGAAAGAUCGUGGAGAAGGAGUUCUCGUUUUUUGGUGAUUCUGGACCUUCUAUUGAAGACCUUGGUCACCAUGCAGGUUACUAUUCACUUCCCAAUUCCAAAUCCGCAAGGAUGUUCUACUUUUUCUUUGAAUCAAGGAACAAGAAGGAUGAUCCAGUUGUCAUAUGGCUAACUGGAGGACCAGGGUGUGGCAGUGAAAUUGCUCUGUUCUACGAGAAUGGCCCUUUUCAUAUUUUCAAUAAUUUGUCUCUUGCAUGGAAUGAUUAUGGUUGGGAUCAGGGAUCAAAUAUUUUAUUUGUUGACCAACCUACGGGAACAGGUUUUAGUUACUCUUUUGAUGACACUGACAUUCGCCAUGAUGAAGCUGGUAUUAGCAAUGAUUUAUAUGACUUCUUGCAGGAGUUUUUCAAGGCACAUCCUGAGUUCAUUAAGAAUGAUUUUUAUAUCACUGGAGAAUCAUAUGCUGGACACUAUAUUCCUGCUCUUGCAUCCAGGGUUAAUCAAGGAAACAAAGAAAAUCAAGGAAUUCAUAUAAACCUUAAGGGUUUUGCAAUUGGUAAUGGGUUAACAAAUCCUGUCAUUCAGUUCCCAGCAUACCCACAGUUUGCAUUAGAUAAUGGAAUAAUCACAAAAGCUGAAUAUGAUGAUAUAAGCAAGUCUAUCCCAAAAUGUGAACAAGCUGCUAAAACUUGUGAGACUCAAGGUGGACAAAGCUGUGAGUAUGCAUUGAAUAUUUGUGAAAACAUAUUCAACAGUAUAUUGUCCAUUGCUGGGGACAUUAAUUACUAUGACAUCAGAAAGAAGUGUGUGGGGUCAUUGUGCUAUGAUUUCAGCAACAUGGAGACGUUGUUAAACCUGCAGAACGUGAAGAGUGCUUUAGGUGUGAGCGAUGACUUGAAGUUUGUUUCAUGCAGUACAACAGUGUACGAAGCUAUGGUUCAAGAUUGGAUGAAAAAUCUGGAAGUGGGGAUUCCUGCUCUACUUGAGGAUGGAAUCAAGUUGCUUGUGUAUGCAGGGGAAGAAGAUCUCAUAUGCAACUGGCUUGGAAAUUCAAGGUGGGUUUACGCCAUGGAAUGGUCAGGCAAAAACGCGUUUGAAACAUCUCAAACAAUGAAAUUUGUUGUUGAUGGAGUAGAUGCAGGGUCUUUGAACAGCUAUGGACCUCUCUCUUUUCUCAAGGUAUAUGAAGCUGGCCAUAUGGUUCCUAUGGAUCAACCAAAAGCUGCACUUCAGAUGUUGAAAAGCUGGAUGGAAGGGAAACUGAGCACAUAA